GUACUACUUACUCCCGUCGAUACAACUCCAUGUACCAUUUUGAUUAUUUCCUCGUUAAGGUUCUAACCCAAUGAAUCUUCUGUAAAUAUAUUUGGGCCAAAUAGUCCAUGAUCCAAAGUACCCAAGACAAUAUAUCCGAUGCAAAUGCAUCCCGAUGAUAGUUAUACACACCAGUAAAUCUAAGCCGUCAAACGCCUGGUGAUAACUUCAAAAACCCUAAGCCCAGUUUUCACAUUGCUGAAAGCCUAGAGCGAGCCGAGCCUCUUCGCGUGUGUCAUCGGACGUAAGUCGCUAGUGCGCUCGCCGGAGGUUAAUCGCCGAUCCGUGAAGAUGUAUACAUCUUUGACAAAAAUUCGCAAGGAUAAGGCUGCCGAACCUACUGAAUUUGAGGAGUCCGUUGCACAGGCUUUGUUUGAUUUGGAAAAUACCAAUCAAGAGCUCAAGAGUGAUUUGAAAGACCUGUACAUCAAUUCUGCACUACAAAUUGAUGUCUCUGGAAACAGAAAGGCUGUGGUUAUCCAUGUGCCAUACAGACUGAGAAAGGCUUUCCGCAAAAUUCAUGUCAGGCUUGUCAGGGAGCUGGAAAAAAAAUUCAGCGGGAAGGAUGUGAUUGUAAUUGCUACACGAAGGAUUGUGAGGCCCCCAAAGAAAGGGGCUGCUGUUCAAAGACCACGUAGUAGGACGCUCACUGCUGUCCAUGAGGCCAUAUUGGAGGAUGUUGUUGUCCCUGCUGAAAUUGUUGGAAAGCGUGUCCGGUACCGAAUUGAUGGAUCCAAGAUAAUGAAGAUCCUCUUGGACCCGAAACAGAAGAAUGACACAGAAUACAAGCUGGAAACAUUUUCUGCUGUAUACCGAAAACUUUCAGGCAAAGAUGUUGUCUUUGAGUACCCCAGUGCUGAGGCUUAGAUCUGUUCUACCAUAUUUUUGGCAUUGUUAUUGUUACUGAUGUGAACUGGAUUCUACGAAGUUCUUUUAGCAAUAUUGGAGUUUGUAGUUUUUUUUUUUUGUUUAGUAGAAAGGAAGGCCGCAUCGGAUUAAAAUGUCAUCUACAUUAAGGGUGUUUCUUUGUCCAAAGAUUUCAUUGUGCGUAUUUUAUCCCGUUACUGUAUUGCUGAUUAAUUUUGAGAUUACUUUUUCAU